AUGAGUAGUGUUGGCUCAUGUGCAUUAAUGAUGGAUGGAGGAUGCCGUCAAACUGCUCAGAUCCCAACAGCUACUUGGACGCGUUUACAUUUCGCCACCCCACCUUCUUACAUCGGAUGUACAAUUAUCACAUCAAUUCAGGAAGACCCAUCAAAGGUUCAAACUCUGAAUGAACAGGAAUGGGAUCGACUGCAACAGGCGCAUGUUCUAGCGAAUGUGCAACAGGCGUUCUCGUCGUCGCAGUCUAUGGUGGACAUCGGUGGUGCAAGUGCAUCUCAGCGUUUAUCUGUUUCGAAGCCAGCUUCACAAAAGCCCGAUCUUCUCACCACUACUAUGCCGCAACAGGGCUCUCAAGAUGCACAUGUUCUCGCAUCUAUGCUUCAAGAACGUUUGGAUGCUAUUAACUCAGAAAUUCGG